UUUUCAAGAGUAUCGUCAGCGUCGAGGAUCUAUGAGGAUGCUGUGUCACUGUCUUUUCAUGGUUUAGUCCCCGGUUCUAAAUUAAGAGAUGAUAAGGUCUUUAGCCAUGUAUUGAAAAUCCCGGUUAGAAACUAGUAGGAAUAUAUGAAGCGGCUUUUCAUCCCAAAAUAUAUAGCAGCCCCUUCCCGUAGUGACACUAUGCAGUCGUGGCUACUGCUUAUGUCAUCGCCACCUCCGUCCUCCUGCCGUCUGCCAUGCAUGGCUUCCUCGAUGUCCAUGGGUAACAUAGCGCCAUGCAUGCCAUCGUGCAUGUACGAUCAGAUUUUGGAUCGCUGCGAGUUCAUGCAAGCUGGUGUCUUGCCCCGGCCCCUUUUCCUUGACUUGAUCUCCAUCGUCGUCCGGUCCCUCUUGCUCCAACUGCUAGCUAGUAACGACCAAAUCAUCUCGUUGAUACCACGAGCUCUCAAUGCAAAUAGCCGGCGCACAUCCUCUAGGAUCUCUGGCGAUCUCGCGCGCCCCGCCUCCCACCAUGCAUGCCACUCUCAUACGCAGUGGCGAAGCUAAAAUAAAAUGAAGUUGGACGAAGGAAAAAAUAUAUCAAGAUUAGCGUGUUUUUGUGGGACUAUUGUUUUUAGGUAUAAACCUUUCGAAAUAAUGAUUUUUUAUUCGAGGACCCCAUAUAUACACACACAUAUGUUUUAAAUUUUCAUGUAUUUUUAAACAAACUAGUGAUAUUUAAGUUCCUAGUAUCAUAAAAGAACGCCAACUAAAAUAUCAAAGUGCAUUAUGUUAGCUCAUCACGAGCUUCAAAUAUAUGGCGCAUUGGCGCGCAUGCACGCAUGAUUAGAGAGGAUGGAUCUCUCGCGAUCUCGUCCACAUGACAUUCUCAUGCACCCGCUCGCUUCUAUACCACAUGCCACUAUUGUGAUGUGUAUAUAUGUAAAUAUAUACUCACUUGGAAAAUUUUAGUGCUGCAAUUUGCACAGCAUGCAAAGUAAGCUAAGCCUAGCUAGCUAAUGGCCUGUAUAAUUUGGUUGCACGCAGCCACACGCCGCACGGUGCCUUCUUUGACUUUGACUUAUCCUGGAAAGGUGUGCUUACUUUUUUUCUCCGUGCAUGAGAUCAAUAUUAUUGUUUGUUAUGGUUUGUUUGGUUCAACUGUAGAUUCUUGAAAAUAUGAUUUGAACAGUGAGCUGUGUUGUAAACUAACAAUUAUAGAAAAUCUAAAAUUUGUUUGCUGAAACAACUGUUGAUUAUAAAUUUCAUAAGUGAAUAGCACCUUAUAACAUAUAUGACAUGAAUCAAACUGAGGUAAAAGAUAUGUAGAUUUUUAGUAAUUUAUUCAGUUGUUGUAUCCGUUUAGUUAAAAUUCUAAAAGAUGAACCAACCACAACAUAAGAGUGCGUAGUGCUCUUCGGGGUCAAACAUGCAUAUUUUUCGAAACGGGGAAGUAUUUCUGUAAACUUUAUUCACUUUUGGAGUCUUGUAGAUGCUUGUAGAGGGAAAAAAAUAUUUUUCCCCCAAUGGAUUUCCCACUCGAUCCAACUACCUCCCCCUUCCAUCUCGGCCCGGGCCCAACUAUCUAACACUCUCUUGAGCCCAGCAAACGUCUCGGUAGUCUGCAUGGCCCAACACCAUCGCUCCCUCACUCCCCAGUUCUCUCCCGGUCUCCCCACUUCGGCCUCUCCGCGGGCCGAACCCGCUCACCCCCGCCCUCCCCUAGCCACCGGUCAUCGCCGCCACGUCCACCGACGGGCCCACCCAACGACCUCGCUGCGCCCACCCGUACGCCUCCAUCCAGCUUAGCGGCGCCCGAGUCACAGACCAGUCACAUGCCGCCGCGGCUCCUGCUCAACAAUGUCUCCUGCAUGCGGAACGCACAGACGGUGCUCCGUGACAUCAACCUCAGCGUCCACGACGGCACAGCCCUCGUCCUUACCGGCGCCAACGGCUCCGGAAAGACCACCCUCCUCCGCAUGCUGGCGGGCUUCUCGCGCCCCUUGGCGGGGGAGAUCCUCUGGAACGGACACGACAUCACCUCCCCCGGCGUCUUCCAGCAGUACAAGCUGCAGCUCAACUGGAUGUCGCUCAAGGACGCCGUGAAAGAGAAGCUCACAGUGCUCGAGAACGUCCAGUGGUUCGAGCUCCUCGAGGGGAAGGACGGCAGCAGGUCGGGCCCGGCCAUCCAGCUCAUGGAGCUCGGCAGGCUCAUCAACGAGAAGGCCAGGAGGAUGUUGUCCAUGGGGCAGAGGAAGCGGCUGCAGCUCGCCAGGCUGCUCGCCAUCGAUCGACCCAUCUGGCUGCUGGACGAGCCCUCCGUCGCGCUGGACGCAGAGGGUACCAGGCUGCUUGAACACAUCAUCGCGGAGCACCGGGAGAAGGGUGGCAUCGUGUUCGUGGCCACGCAUCUGCCGAUUCAGGUUGAGGAUUCUAUGUCGCUUCGGCUUCCCCAGAGGUUUCCUCGGAGGAAGACGCUGGUUGAUCUUAUCCAUUGAUGGCUUGACGC